AGCCAGAAAAUUAAAGAAAAAAAAUGCUAAAAAGAAAAACUGAAAAGAGAAUGAAGAAAUAAUAUAGGGGUUUCCAUUUUAUUGUAAAAGACCAAAACACCAAGUCCCAUUGUUCUAAGCAAAGAAACUUGAAAACCCAGACAGAAAGAAGAAAAAAGAAAUAUGGGGAGAGGGAGAGUGGAGCUGAAGAAGAUAGAAAACAAGAUUAACAGACAAGUCACCUUCUCUAAGAGGAGAAAUGGGCUGCUCAAGAAAGCUUACGAGCUUUCUGUUCUUUGUGAUGCUGAGAUCGCCCUUAUCAUCUUCUCUAAUCGUGGCAAGCUCUUUGAGUUUAGCAGCUCUGGUAUGAGCAAGACCCUUGAACGAUACCAGCGUUGCUGCAUUGUUCCUCAAGACUAUAGGCUUGAACGUGAAACCCAGAGUUGGUACCAAGAAGUAAUCAAGUUGAAGGCAAAAUAUGAGGCACUGCAACGCACUCAAAGGCAAUUGCUUGGAGAAGAUCUUGGACCAUUGAAUAUGAAAGAACUGCAAAACCUUGAGAAGCAACUUGAAGGAGCUCUUGCAAUGGCUAGACAACGAAAGACGCAGAUUUUGAACGAGCAAAUGGAAGAGCUACGCAAAAAGGAGAUUCAGCUUGGAGACAUUAACAGAGAGUUGAAAAACAAGCUCGAGGAAGAAGGAGAAAACCAGAAAACAAUGGAAGGUUUAUGGAGUUGCGGUGCAGCAACUGACAACUUUCCUCUGCAUACCUCUCCGUCACACCCCAUGGAAUGUGAUCUUGAACCUGUUUUGCAAAUAGGGUACCAUCACUAUGUUGAGGGUGAAGGAUCUUCAGCCCCCAAGGACAUGGCUGGUGAGGCCAACUUCAUCCACGGAUGGAUCAUCUGAAACAUAAAUAUUUAUAAAAAUUAUAUUGUGAUUUCAUCUGGGAUUUUAUGCUUUCUAAAUAUAUAUAUAUAUAUGUAUGUACCUUGUAAUUGUUUUAUUUCAGGCACUAAAAUGCCCAUUUGGAGCCUUCAAGAUUAUUUUGUAGGCUAACUGCAGCCCUUAUAAAUAGGUUAUUUUGGU